AUGGAGGUAGAGGCAAAUGCACAGAGCUCAAUCAAUCUGCUUGAGCCGUGGCGCUGCCAUGCAAAAGGCGGUUGCCACGAUGAUCUUCCUGUCUCUCCACUCGAUCUCUCAUCCGACGAUUUGAACCAGGUACCCCGAUGUCCUGGUCCGGAUCCUUUGUUCGAGGCAUUAAUGGGAGAUGCAGCAUACCGUGCCCUUGGCAAGUCAGAGAGCAGCGAGGCUACUCAGGGGAAGAAAACAACGAGGUCCAAGGCGUGGAUAUCGCAGACGGAACCCGAAACAUCAACCGGUUUCUCUUUUCCUUCUUCAGACGAAGCAAAUACGAAAUUUGGUCCUCUCAGUAUUCAGAUUCGACCGACAUCAACAGUUUCCCAAGGAAUUAAACGAAGACGCUAUAUAUCCGAUGUUGAUGGCUUCAACACAGGCGACUUAAGUGUCAAGAAACGUCGACUUCGUGCCGACCUCAUCACCAGCCGUCUCUCACAACCAUAUUCUCAACCCGCAACACACAUCCUUAACAGAGAGGGUCAAGAGGCUGGUGACAAACGGUUCUUGAAGAUGGCUACCUCGGUAGACAUGACACGAAGAAUUGCACAUCUCCACGCAACAUCCUUUCUGCGCUUCUCAUUAAUGAAUUGUCUAAGGCAGAGGCUGAGCCAAGAACAACCUGUACGGAAGCACGAGCAGGAAAUCGCGGCUAUAGCAUCAAAGGUUACAAGUAAAUCUAGCUUGAAACCUCCCACUCUGCAAGAUUUAGCGGCGAGUAGAUCCCUUAGGAUCGCUCCUACAUGCAGCGGACUUGCUGGACCUCAAGGUCUCAUCUCGUCAACAAAACCACAACCGAACCACCAGGCUCCCAAGUCGUUCCAGCAUUCUAAACCCACAUCAUGUCGACUAUCAAAGCCAGCAGCACUGCCACUUCCAGUCGGAGACGUAGCCGCAACCAAGAAACGCACAUCACCACGACUCUUCCCCAUCCGGUCUCCCGAGCUACGGCCGACCAUACAUGUACCUCCGCUGGAUGAUAUGGAAGAGGACAGUUUCGCAUACAUGCACCCAGCAUAUGAUGACUGGGAUGAUGCCGGUGAUGAUCAGGACAGUGUAUACUCUGACUUUAGUGUCGUGUUUGGGCAAAAUGGCGAGAAUAGUAACGAGGAAGAAGACAGAUCGUACGAGGAAUAUCUAGAUGAACUUGACGGCAUAUGCUGGAUGUCUAGAUAG